CUCUGUCUCUCUGUCUCUCUGUCUAAGUAACAGGUUUGAAGCUGUCACAAGCUAAAAGCAGAAUCAAUCCACAGGGGAAAAUGGGUUGCAAGCCAUCUGAGAAGCCAAGGCCUAAGCAUAGAAAAGGCUUAUGGUCCCCUGAAGAAGACCAGAAGCUCAGGAACUAUGUCCUCGAACAUGGCCAUGGCUGCUGGAGUUCUGUUCCAAUUAAUGCAGGAUUGCAAAGGAAUGGGAAGAGCUGCAGAUUGAGGUGGAUUAAUUACUUGAGGCCAGGAUUAAAAAGAGGGAUGUUUUCAGCACAAGAAGAGGAAACUAUCCUGACCUUUCAUCAUAUGUUAGGCAACAAGUGGUCUCAGAUUGCACAGCGUCUGCCCGGAAGAACAGAUAAUGAAAUAAAGAAUUAUUGGCAUUCUUAUCUGAAGAAGAAAGUAGCCAAAGUUGAAGAAUCAGAAGCUCAUACCAAAACUCAGUGUACCACUUCAAGCUCAGAUAAUACAGAAUCCACCCCUUCUCCCCAGAAUCCAACAAGCCAACUACCAGGUUAUGAAUCAUUGCAACUUGCUGAAAAGCCCUCAACAGAUACUGAUCAAUCUGUUACAGAGAUUGCCAAAUUCCCUAAAGAGCCUCAGAGAAGCUCCUUGCCAAAGCUCUUCUUUGCAGAAUGGCUGUCAGCAGAUCAUGUUCAAGGUGAGAGCAUUGCAAAUUCAUGUAAGUUGGAGCCUUCCUCACAUUGUUUUGAUCACAAUUCAAGCUUUCAAGAGUCUUUGACGCAUGGAUACCUACUAAAUGAGGCAGCAUUUAGUGGUGAAAUUCACGGUGGACUAAAUGAAUCAUUCAAUGAUAUGUUUAGCUCACAGUUUAAAUUUGAAGACCAGAUUUCAGAUAAUGGAUUUGCGAGUUCUCUUUCUGGGGAUGAAAUAUACAUUGAUUUUGGCAUGAAUAAUGAUGUAAUGUACAUGUGAAGGCAUGUUUCCUAGGCAAUAUCCAAGGAAAAGAUUAUCAGUAAUCUGAAAAAGAUUACUUACUUAUUUUCUUAGUGGCAAAAGAUAACUUAGUUUAAUUAGUGGCUAUUCUUCCACAUAGCUGUCUUGGAGCACCCUCAUCAUUCAUGUUCAUAUCAUUAAAUGUUAUUUGUUUAA